AUGGCAGACGAUACCCGGCAGUCCAACUCGCAGGACCUUACCCGCGAAGCACUCAAUGUUGAUCCUCAGAACAAAGCAUUUGCAGGUUCACAAUGGGACGACAAGGAAUCCAAGACUUUCAAGCCACCCGAGAAUGCGAAUAUGAUGCCGGGUGGAACAGAAMACACAGCUGGCGGCAAGGUUCCUGAAGUAACGAUUUGGAAUGCUUUGCAAACUGGAGCGCCUGUGACGGAGAUUCACAAACGACCGUGUGUACGAGAUGCAUUUAUGGUGGGAAUGGGAGGUGGAGCUGCUACGGGUGCCCUACGGAUCAUCUGGAGAGCUCCUGUGAUGACGGCUUGCAAUUGGGCUGUGGGCACAUUCGUCCUCGGUGCCGGCGGCAUGUAUCAGUAUUGUCUACGGCGAAGAAGAUUAGAGAAGGAGGGAAUGACGAGGGCAAUGGAGAUUUUGAACAGAAAGGAGGUGGAAAAGAAGGCGAGGGAACAGCGAAAAGAGCAACUAAGGGAGGAGAGGCGGGCGCAAAAGGACAAGGAGCAGGACGAGAAGUUGGCUGCUAUGAAACGGGAGGCCGAGGGCAGCGGCAAGGCUUGGUGGAAGGUCUGGUAG